AACGGCUGGGCCAACGUCUUUGAAGAUCCUUCUUCCUUUCUUCAUCGCAAACGAGUUGAGGGUGCCGUAGCUACAAGAUAUCUUGUUCUUCUGCCUGUCUUGACGAUGAUUGUUCGAAGCGUACAAGACAUUAUUGGAACUGACCGUGAUAUCCGUGGUGACAGUUGGGCCAGUCGACGGUUGUUGGUGGCCAAGGAUAGUGUUCCGUUCAGUUUGAAUGAAACGACUGUGGAGGCAGGCACGGAACUGCAGCUAUGGUACAAACAUCACAUUGAAUCCAAUUAUGUAGUGGAAGGUGAAGGUAGUGUGAAAAAUCUGGAUAGCGGCGAAAGCUUUCCGUUAAAGCCAGGAACUUGCUACACUCUGGACCAACACGAUCGCCAUAUCGUCAAGGCAACCACUCGAUUGAAAUUCGUGUGUGUCUUCCAUCCGCCAUUGACCGGUCAAGAGAAACACGAUGAGGAUGGUUCCUACUUGCCUGCGACAGAACAUGAGGGAGAAUCGUCCUAGGUGCCUACUAUAGCUAGAGUGGAAAGAACCAUUCAACAUAGUUGAAGCUGAUCUUGGAUUUUGGAAGCUGCAAGCAUUACAUGAAUUCUGAGAUAAACACUAGCUACAGACCACGCUAAUAGAGAUCACAAGGGAAUGGAAACCCAAUGUUUGACGCACUUGACAAUAUGCGGUACAGUACUAUUAAUAAUAGUAGUACGAUGUUGGUGCGCCCAAAGCACCUCUUCUUUAGAAUGAGUUAUGGCCUGGAUCACCGGUACCAUACCGUAACAGCAUCCAACUGGGCGUGCUCUAAAACAUCUUGUCCAUCUCGUUGAGCU